UGGUAGAAGUUUUUACUUAUUUGCAUUAGAAAGUGUCGUUAUAUAGUGAUUACAAUGUAAUGGCCCAGUUAUUUGAUUUGAACUUAUGUGUAUUGUGCCAAAAGAAAAAAAAUGUUAAUAAGAAUCUUGAAAGCACUGAAAAUGGCUGCGAAAAUAUCAGAAAUGCUGUUAUUCGAGUGGUUGAUUCUUCCCUCAAGGGUUUGAAAGGGAUACUGACUGAAUGGGACCUAAAGAAAAUUCUUCAAGUAUCUAUGGAUGGACCUAAUGUCAACUUUAAAUUCAUAAGACUUCUGCAAAACGACAUAAAGAAAGUCCAAAUGAUCCUAGUUUUCUCAAUAUUGGCUCUUGUGGAAUUCUCUCGUGUCAUGGCCAGAUAUAGUUACAAUAACUGUACCUCUAAUAAUCAAAUUAAGUAUUAAAAGUAGUAAAUGCAACAGUUUUUUUUUAGUAAAUUAAACCGUAUGGAACGUGUAAUUUACAGUAAUAUUGUGAAGCCACAUUAACUACUUCAUGUAAAGCAAGUAAGAAGAAUGGUUUCGUUCGUAGCUAAAAAAGUAGUUGAAAUAAGUAGUUUUCUAUGCAUAGUUAAAACAACUGACAAAGGUAAUUUUCCCUAUAAACAUAGCUAGAUAUUUAAAUGACUAAACUCGCUAGAAAAACUCAACAGAUUAAUUAUGGCACUAAUGUUAUUUAAUUACUCAAAGAAUGAAAGCGAUCUAGCAUGCGGUUUAUGUUUGAGGUUAGAUUCGUUCCGACUAUCCAAAGUGUAAUCAUUUUUUGAAAAGUUUAUCUACUGUCAAGACAAUUAUUCAAAUGCAAACAUCAUAAAAGCUUUUAUAAACUUUUAAAUACUUACCCUGCCCACUUUUGAAGCUGAACUUGAAGCCAGUGUUGAAGCAGAAGCGGAAUCUGUUGUGUGAGGUUGUUUGGGCAAGCUUGUGCCGUCAACUGAUGAGUUUUCUGUUUCCUGUGACAUGUUGAAAGUCCAAUAUGCAACUCCACGUUCAAUUGACUUUUAAGCACAUACUAGAAUUUGGUGAGCGAGGUAUAAUGCGACCUCGAAUGCAACACAAUGAACCGAAUUAGAAGCGCGUAGAUGCAGGCGGUCACUGGCGGCAUGCUAUCAGAGUAAAUUCACGAACAAAGAACGAGGAUGCGCCGUGCCCGCCAAAAAGUGCGAUUGCGGCCUACCGUGGCGCUCUCAUUCAGGCUGUAACUGAACUUAUGAAAUUUCAAAUUGCUCUUUCUACAAAUCACCGAUUGUUAACUCUUAAAACUUCAAAAAUUAAACUAUCAAAUAAUCAUAUUGAUUACACUACUUUUAAUAACUCUUUCAUUUAUAACUAGUAGGAUAUGAUUGUUUUUAUUAUACACGACCCCUCAAUAGAACUACUGUAAAGCGUAAUUGUUACCAUAUUUUGGUUUUCACCUCUCCUAAAAAUGUAAGGCAGAUGAUUUCAACUAGAAAAAAUAGUUAUUGUAACUACAGAUGAUUGACCAUUCUAAAGUGGUCCCAUUUACUUUACACGAAUUGUCAUAUCGGUUGUACUAUUUUUAACUAUUCAUCUAUAACUAUGAGGAUACGGUUAUAUUUAUAACACUCAAUUCCGUGAUGCAACUAUUGUGAAGAGUCAUUGUUACUGUAUUUUGUUUGCAACCUCUCCUAGAAAUCUAAAAUAUGUGAUCCAACUAGGAGAAAUGGUUAUUCUAACUACAGGUGGUUGACCAUUCUAGAGUGAUCCCACUAACUACACGUGAAUAGUCGUAAUGAUUAUACUAUUUUUAACUACUUAUCUACAAUUAGGAGAAUAAGGUUAUUUUUAUUGCACUUGACUCCUUGAUAAAACUACUCUGAAUAGUCAUUGCUACUAUAUUUUGGUUGUCACCUCUACAACAAACGUAAAACUGUUGAUCCAACUAGGGGAAAGCUUUAUAGUAACUACUGGAAAUUGACCAUUCUAAAGUAGUUCUACUUACUACAUACGAAUAGUAAUAAUGAUUGGAAAAAUGGUACCCAUGACUACCUUUUUUUCAACUACACCACUAUAGUUUAGUUUACCACAGCUAUUUUGUUCAGUGCAUUGAAAAAAAAACAUCAUGUGCUAAUAUCCGGAAAUAAUAGCUUCCGUCGAAAAUACCACUACGUACUUGAACCGUUGUCUUGAACAACUCGUUACUUCUAACUUGAUAACUAGAAGUAUUGCCGAUUGCAUCCAAAAAGAGUAUUCGGACUUUUGCAGUCAGGAAUAUGUUAUAGAUAUUCUGUCUCACGGCAAUGCCUUUUUAGAACGAGGCUUUUCUGUUAAUAAAGAAAUUAUCGUAGUAAACCAAAAUGAAAGAGCCUCCAUUGCUCAGCGAAUAAUAUUUGAUUCCGUAACAGCCAAAGGUGGAAUUAAAAAUCUUGGUAUAUGGAAAAAGAUGUUACAUUUUGUAAAAAACGCACAGUAUGUACAAAGAGGCCCUCGCAACUAAGAAAAAGGCAGCAGAAGCAAAGAAAGCCAAACAAUGUGAAGUUCAAGGUUUACAGGCCAAGGAACGUAAACUUGAUGAAGAAAGAGAAAUCCUUGCAUCAGAAAUAGAAACUAAGAAGAAAGACCUAAAGACAUAGUCAGUUUUUUAAUUAAGUAAAUUUUGUUUUAAUUUUUGAAGUUAAAGCAAUAGUAUAAGAAGAAAUUUAUUUAGUUAUUUUUAUAAACUAAAAGUUUAUUAUCAACAGUAGGAUAAAUAUAUGCAGUUGUGCAUUUUGUACCUGAGUCCAUCUAAAGAAUUAUAUUGUGUAAUUACUUCAAUUUGUCAAACUAAAACAGAGAAUAAAACUUGUAUUGCAAAAA